UCUUUGCGUAUCAAUAUUGUGGCAAUUUAUGCUAUUAAAUUUUAAAGCAUUUCAUACAUAAUAAAGUAUUGAGCAUUGGUAGUAGUGAAAUAUGAGUAAAGCUUUGCAAAGUUUGACGGCUCAGUAUACAGAUUCUGAGAAUGAAGGUGAACCAGAAGAUCUCAGUCCCGAUUCAUCAAACUCACAAACAUCGCAGGCUAUAAUUCCAAAACCUCCCAGCCCAAAAGGAAGCCCUGAAAAAACGCCCAACGAAAGAGUAAAGAAACGAAGAAAACGUAAGAAGUCUGUGCGUCGCUUGGUUAGCUACCAAGAUGACACAGUUAUAUCCGAUGGCGACGAAGAAGAAAGUGCAUUAUCGAAUUCAAAUGAUGAGUCUGAAUCGGAGGACGAGGAAGAAGGCGUUAGUGCUCACAGUAAUGAAUUAACUUCAAGGGAUACGAGUAGCAGUGUACAGAUGGAAGUCGAUGAGAACGUUGAAGUAGUGAAUGAAAGUAAAUCGCCAAAAAAAGUUGUUAAACUGAGUAAAUAUGCUCAUUAUGGAUUUUCGCUACCACCGGAGCCAAAAGGCAAACCUUCAGCUGAGUUAAUUGAUAAAAUUAAGCAUUUGUAUGGCAAAAUGGAAACAAGCAAUAUGAAUAUGAAUCAGAUUAUAGAAGGUCGCAAAGAUUUUCGCAAUCCAAGUAUUUAUGAAAAACUCAUACAAUAUUGUGAUAUAAAUGAAUUUGGCACCAACUACCCGCCUGAAAUCUAUGAUCCUCUACAAUGGGGAGCUGAAAGCUAUUAUGAAGAAUUGGCCCGUAUUCAGAAAAAUGAAAUGCUCAAACGUCAAAAAGAACGAAAGGAUACAGAUAAAAUUGAACAAGCAACAGCAUUGGCACGUAAAGUUGAGGAAGAAGCCAAGAAAAGAAAAUCUAAAUGGGAUCAGCCGGCUGCUGCAGUUAAACCGGUACCGCCGACACUAACCACCACAGUUACGGGUACCAAAGGUACAGUUAUAUCGGCAUUCGGUUCCUUGCCAAAGAAACCUGCGGCUUAGCGCAUAUUUGGCUGAAAUAUUUUAGUAGCGUAAUGUAAGAAAUUAUGACAUGAUAAUAAAUUCCUCACGAAAGUAAAAAAAAAAUAAUAUAACUGUUCAAAUAAUGAG